AUGGUGUGGUCAGUGUGUGGUCAGUGUGUGGUCAGUGUGUGGUCAGUGAGUGGUCAGUGUGUGGUCAGUGUGUGGUCAGUGAGUGGUCAGUGUGUGGUCAGUGUGUGGUCAGUGUGUGGUCAGUGUGUGGUCAGUGUGUGGUCAGUGUGUGGUCAGUGUGUGGUCAGUGAGUGGUCAGUGAGUGGUCAGUGUGUGGUCAGUGAGUGGUCAGUGUGUGGUCAGUGUGUGGUCAGUGAGUGGUCAGUGUGUGGUCAGUGUGUGGUCAGUGAGUGGUCAGUGUGUGGUCAGUGUGUGGUCAGUGAGUGGUCAGUGUGUGGUCAGUGA